AUGCAUUCAUUUGGUUACAGAGCAAAUGCUCUGCUCACAUUCGCCGUCACUGCGCUUGCUUUCGUUUGCGCAAUCUCGUCUUUCUCUGACAAAUUCAGCAAUCAAAAUCCUUCUGUUGAGAUCCAGAUACUUAACAUCAAUCGGUUUAAGAAGCAAUCUCAUGGAAACGAUGAGGUCAGCUUGACAUUGGACAUAAAUGCAGACUUGCAGUCACUAUUUACUUGGAACACCAAACAGGUUUUCGUUUUCGUUGCAGCAGAGUAUGAAACCCCAAAGAAUUCCCUGAAUCAGGUUUCUCUAUGGGAUGCUAUAAUCCCUGCCAAGGAACAUGCCAAAUUCCGGAUUCAAGUCUCAAACAAGUACCGUUUCAUCGAUCAGGGACAAAAUCUUCGCGGAAAAGAAUUCAACUUGACAUUACACUGGCAUGUCAUGCCUAAGACCGGCAAGAUGUUCGCUGACAAGAUAGUCACGUCUGGUUACAGUUUACCAGACGCAUACAGAUGA